AGGGGAAGCACGGAGAGAGAGAAAGAGUGUGCGCGCGCGCGCGCGCGCCCUUCGCUUCGACUCGCGCCGGUCGAUCGACGGUGGGUGACUAGAGGACGAGGACCGACUAGCGCGACUGACAAGGAACGGGCUGGCGUAGUCGCGACGGUGAUCGGAGCGAGAAGACGAAGACGAAGCGGUGACGGUCGACGCGAUGACGACGACGAUCACGGCGACGACGACGACGACGGCGACGAUUGGCAGGCGCGUCCGCAUGACAUGACCGUCGCGUCGUCGUUAGCCAUGACGGCCAACGCGGGGACGUGAUGCUACGUGGCCGCUGUCGCCGCGCGCUCGUCUACCUAUCCGGAGUCAUCGGAGUAGACCCGACGAUUCGCGCCCGCCGCGCACGGCAGGAGGAACAGCGUCGCCGACCGAGAGCGACGAUUACGUGUGACGAGCGCUAUCGGACGCCUCGGGGCCAGGGCGCCGUUGCACACCGACGGACGAAGCGGCGUUGCCAUCUCCUCGCCGCGGCCGCGAUCGCGGCCACCGUUGCUGCUGCCGCUACCGCCACCGCCACCGCCACCGCCACCACCGCCAUCGCCGUCGCACCGUCGUUGCCACGUCCGCUACGUUCCACUGCCGACGAGGACGACGACAACGACGACGACGACGACGACGGGCUUCUCGGAUACGCUGCACCGAUUAUCAAUAUGGAGGCAAAGGAAAGGGAGAAGCCGCUAGUCAAAGACUUGAAUGAACAUAUCGUGUGUCCUCUGUGCAGAGGAUAUCUCAUAGACGCUACGACACUCGUGGAAUGUCUACACUCCUUUUGCAGAGGCUGCAUCGUUCGACGUUUGAGUAGCGGCGCCCGCGCGUGCCCCGUGUGCAACGUGGCGGCUUCCCCGCCGCUUCUGCCCGACACGCGGCUCCAACGACUCGUGUACCUCGCGGUACCCGGUCUCUUCCGAUCGGAGCUCGAGCGUAGACGUCAUUUCCGCCUGGUGAAUCCGCAAUGCCCGCCCCUGGCGUCGCCCGUGGGCGCCCUCGACCUCACCCUGGAGGAUCUGAUUAGUCUGAGCCUGCGGGAGCUGCGGGCGGACGCGGAGAGCGAGAUCAAGGAUGACGCUUGCGACUCGUCACAGAAGGACGAGGUGUCGGGAAUAUCGACGCGAUAUCUCAAGUGCCCGGCUGCCGUGACGGUGCGUCAUCUAGUGAGGCUGCUGAUGCUCAAGAGAGGCUGGGAAGAGGCUAACGCGAGCGUCAACGGCGUCAAUAACAGGAUAGAGAUUAUGUACCAGCAUCCCGAUGACGAGAACAUGCGCCCACUCGAUUCAUCUUGGACUCUCCUGGAUCUCGCUUGCAUAUUUCGAUGGGAAAGGGAAACGCCGAUGAGACUGUUUUACCGGGUGUUACGAAAAGAGGAGACGGUUAAAAGUUCGACGUUAAAAGGUCCCACGUCGUGCAAGGACGAUGCAACGAAGGACGGCCCGGCGGUGAUCGAGAUCAUGCAACGGCCGCCAACCCCUCCGCCUAGUCCCAAGCUCAGUCGCGAACCGGAAGCGGAGGCUCGCGCUGCGCCGGAACCCCCUCGGGUUCUCGAAACGAACGUCGACGUCCGCGACAAGGAGACGAAAACGAAGAAGCCGCGUUGCGAGGUGACACCCGUUAUGCGUGCCCCCGAUCCUCCAACUAGCGCACUUGCACCGAGCAAUCAUCAUCAGUCGACGGAGAGCGCGAAGAGCAAGGACCUGACGAGGCUGGAGCACCGGAAGCGGCGCAAGCGACGAAACAAGCGGGUGAUCGCGGAGAUCACCACAACGCCCCGCGAGGAUCUGCUAAAGCUCAAGGUUCGCCUGACACCAUGUCCUCCCAGAAUCACCUCUGGCACAGCAACAGGUGGCGGUCCCGGGGGCGUCGGUACAGGUAGUCAAACGAAGGAGAAGUUGCUGCAAAUGCGGGCGGUUAGGCGCGAAAAGAUCAAAGCGAUCGGUCAACAACGAUCGAAGACGAGCUCACUGACGCGGGAGGAAGUCGGGCCCAAAGAGUGCGCCGCUAUAGAGACGGAGGAAACGAUCGAGGACAUCAUCGACAGCAUUCCCGACGAAGUCGUACGUAUCGCGCAGAAUAUCAGCAAUCCGAACGAGGACGUCGCGGUGGACAGGAUGCCUGGCAAGAAAGAACCGGAACCGGCGUCGAAAAAUACAUCGGACAAUAAUGGCGAACCGGAGAAGCCGAAGAAGGACGAGGAGAUUCUCCGACGACUAGGUCUAGUGGCUAUCAACGAGGCCGGUGGCAACAAGACGAAGCAACGCAUCCAGAGCGGUGCCGAUAAGACGGACAAUCUGGACCGCGAAAAACUGGAGAAACAGUUGCGCGAAAGCAAAGCCAACCGCGUGCGGAGUCUGCUGGCGGAAAAGCAGAUGCGCGACGCGCUCAAGAGCAUCAUGUCCAAGACGAAGGAGGAACGAUCGUCGUCCGUGGUCGGCGCAUCGGCAUCCACCCCUAUCUCCGUCUCCCUAACCGCGCCGAAGAAGAAGGAACCGCCGCCGUUGGCGCCUCUGCGCGUCGCGAAACCGUCCGGUUUUGCCGCGACCAGCGGCGUAAUGAUGGUGUCCAACACCACGUCCAAGUACGAGACGCCGUUGGAUCUCAGCAGCGGCGGUACCACCGUCAACGAUAACGUUCUCGACCUAUCGGCUACGUUGCCCGGUGGCGGACAGCCGGCCACCUUCUCAUCUUCCUCGUCUCCCUCUUCCUCCUCGUCCUCCUCUUCGUCCUCGUCGCCCUCGUCCUGCUCGAUGCCCUUGUUAUCGUCGUCGUUGCCGUCCUCGAGACCGCCAGCGCGACCGGCGAUCGGCGGCGCCAACAGUUUCCUCCGGAAAUCCAAGGAACUGGAUCAGCAGCGUAGCCGGGGACCGCAAGAGUCGAAUCUGAGGACCCUCUCCGACGUCGCGGUUUCCCGCCUGAGCGGUUGCCUGACCGAGAAGAACCCGGAGGCGCUCGCGUUGGCUUCCGCGAGCCUUCAUGCCACCCCCAGCAAGGUCGCCCUGCGCAUACCGCAGCUGCAUCAACGCAUCCCCGGCUUCAACAUGAAGAUAAAGCCCAAUCUCGGCGUCCGGCACAUCCCGAAUCCCCAGGCAGUCGUGGCCUCCCAGUAUCGCAACCAGAGGGCCAGUUACUUCAACGCCGUCUCCCAGCAGCCGCCCUUGUAAAUCUGUGUCUCUUAAUCUCUUAAUCGUAAUCUGUCCCUUCUCUCUUCCGGCCUCCUUCAUCUUCUCUCUGUUUGUUUUUUUUUCUUUUAUUUCCUGACGUCGGGAGACGGAGAACACUAGUUCUAUACGACCAAAGGCUAUAUGUUACUACGCGUUUUAUUAUCGUUUUUUUUUUGACUCGCUCGCUAAUGACACGUAAUCAGAUUGAUUCGGAAAGACGAUUUUCAUUUUCAGUGGUACGUCGAUAUGACUUCCCAUUCGUGAAAUUGCUCGUACGAAUAAAAAAUAUUGCGAGCAACUGGCAGUAAGAAAUUACACGACAGUUGGGACGAUCGUAAGUAUUAUCUUUAUUAAGGCAAACAAUAUAUCCUUUUAAUAUAUACGUCUAACGAACUAUUUAAUCCUCUAUCUGAAAGCUGAAUUUAGCUUGAAAACAAGUGUUCGCAGAUAUAUUCCUGAUAAACUUUACGUAUAAAAUCUUUGUCAAAUUUGAAGUCAAGUUUCUCUUAUAUAUAAAAAGUACACGUGCUCAAGUAUAAAUAGUUUUUAAAUUAUAAGUGAUUGAGAAAGGACCAAUCUUUUGCAAGCUAAGCUUCGCGAACGUGAAUAGAAAAUCAAAUCUUAUUCUUUGAUGAAUCACAAAUAAAUUUCUUAAUAACGUUUUAAACUCUUGAAAUUGCUUGGAUAUUUAAAGUUAUCCAAUAGUGAGAGAAAAAAAUGUCAUUUGCUCAGAUUUUUACGAAAAAUCGAAAUCUCUUGAAAUUUUUCGAAACAUUCACUUUUAGAUAAAGUCGAACAAUUUGCUCGCACUUAAAUCGUAUGUUCCUAAAAAUAUAUAAAUAUCGAAACUUGAAACAUUUUUCGAGCUGUCACGAUCUUCAUAGGAAAAGUAUUUAUAGUUAUAUAUCGCGAACAUGUCAAUACUCGACAUAUUCCAGUUGAAAUUUGUCCAAGAUUCUAUUGCUAUUUCAACGAAAAUCAAAGAGAUGAAAUAUAACAUGAUGUAUAGAGUUAUCCUAAAAUAAUCGUCGUCUUAUACUUUCACAAUCACAUUAGGGGUGAGUAUAAAGAAAGAACCUUUGUAAAGUAUAUACAUGCUUAGAAGCGCACAAAUCGUCCGUACUUUCGAUCUGAUUACGCCAUUGUUCUUUGGAGGGAGGGGAAAAGAAAGCUCACCGAUUACUGGUCGGAUUAUUGUUACCUAGAUGUAUCAAAACUGUAUAUGAUUGUAAUAAUGUAUGCCUGACCUGCGUCGCGGUCUAUACUCUUACUAUGGUUACCAACGGAUCGAUCUGACAAACGAAAACUCUCGCGAGGAAAAUCCGUAACGUCGCUGUAUACGAUAUUCAAGGACGAAUCUGUCAUCAUAUAUAAUAUGACAGAGAAUUUUAUAUAUAUACAUAUAUAUAUAUAUAUAUAUAUAUAUAUAUGUAUGUAUAUGUAUAUAAAAUAAUCCGUCAUUUUUUUAGUAGGAUUGCGAGUACUCCGAGUCUGAGUCGCGUGAAUAGUCAAAGAUUUUUGUGCGUAUAGCGUAAGCUUAAUAUUUAUUUUAUUAAGUAGCAUAAUUCCCUCGAGGCGAUUGUCAGCAACGAGUCGAGCAUAUCUCGAACUUUCGUUAUACAUAUUUUAAUUAAAGUAUAUGUCUCUUAUAUUUUAUAUUUUACAUUCAAGUAUCUCUUCGUCUCAGAAGGAAAUACAUUUCAGUUGAUCGAAAAAGUUCCUUGCGAUAUUUUAUCUAUUAUUGCAGUUAUAUUUAUAAUUGUUGAAUCAUCUUAGUUGCUCGUUUGUUGAUUUAAUUGUGCAUGUAGAAUGUUUGUUUUUGUUGGAAACAUUCGAGAUACUUAGAAAUAGCUAACGUAUGAUACACGUGUAAAUCGAAUAAUCUUGGGUUUAUUUACGAGAUUCCAAAGAUGUACAAGUAACGUAAUGGAAUAUGAUCUUAUUAUACAAAGAAGGAUCACAUCCUUUUCAUGUAUAGUACGUCGAUAUUAUCCUCAGGAGAUAUUAUUCUCUAUCCGAAGCGAGAAGCGAGAAUGCGUUUCUUUCGAGUGUUCGCACGGGCCUAUUAUAUGUCGGGCGAUAUAUUUCUCCUUCUCUCUCUCUCAGAACCUAUAAUUAGCGAAAUAUACCUACGUGUAAUAAUUUGUAGAGAUGCCAAAGAGAACGCCAGAGAACGUGUGCAAUGUAUUAGUGCAAUUUCAUUACCGUGUAACGUAAUGUAACCGUAUAAUCGAUCUAUCGCUCGGCGAACUAAUGUUGUCGAGUUGUAAAAGGUAGGUAGAUAGGUAGAUAAUCGUACGGACCUAUAUACGAAUUGCGUGAUUUGUGAUUCCCCGAUGGGACUUUGUAGUGUAGAAGGAGACAAGAUGUUUUUGUAACAGCACAUUUUUGUGGAAUUUAUAAAAAGAAAACGAAAAAAUGUCGCAAGAAAUUUCUCUCUAAGCGCACGAGCGUCGCACAAAUUUUCAUUUGCGCGACGAUGACCAAAAAAGCGGCAAGAACGUCUUUUGACUGACAAGUGUUUAGGCUUUUUAAAAGUGAACCCGAUCAGUCAGACCAAAAAAUUGAAAAUUUCGUCACAUUUGAAGAAAUAAAAUCUUUUUUUUGGCAAAUUUUGUUUCAAAUUCAAGCGAUAUGCGUUUUGUAUCUUCCGUAUUAAGAUAAUUUAUGGUAUGCGAUCAUAUAUAUGAUAUACAAAAGCGAAAGUUCU